CACCGAUGUAUGUUGGUUGCCCAGACAAAACAGCGCGUUGACUCAUUGCCCUGUCUGCCGCGUGAGCUCUGUCUCAUAACCAGGUUGACAUCAUAAGAGUUGCCAACAUCAAGUUGCCAAUCUCAGCGGUAAGUUUCUGUCCGCGGAUUUAUAUUUUUGAACCAUAGAUAGCUUCUACUUGUACAUACUACAACCUAAUACACUCAGCGCAAUAAUCAAUGGCGCCGAACAAUAACAGCCCGCUAUUCGCGUCAGGGCGACCUUCUUCCUCGAAUUCCGAGGAAAGAGCUGCUGCCGAAGACGAUGCCCUUCUUGGUAAUCGACGAAAGAAAUCCUAUGAAGCGAAGAGACCUGGAUUCUGGCGGGAGAUCGGGCUCUUUACUUGGGCUGUUGUCGCUACUGCUGCUGUCAUCGUACUAGGCGUUCUAUUAUCGCGAAGCCAACAAUCCCCUAAGAAGACGAAGCAAAAUGGGAAGCGCAAUCUCAUUUUCAUGGUGAGUGAUGGAAUGGGCCCGGCAUCUUUGAGCUUGACGAGAAGCUUCCGACAAUUUCAAGGAGAUUUACCCAUCAAUGAUAUUCUUCAACUCGAUCAACAUUUCAUCGGAUCAUCCCGUACGAGAUCAAGCAGCAGUCUUGUCACAGACAGUGCAGCAGGAGCUACAGCAUUCAGUUGUGGAAGGAAGAGCUAUAACGGUGCUAUUUCUAUGCUGCCAGAUCAUAGCCCUUGCGGCACUGUACUUGAAGCUGCAAAGAGGGCUGGCUAUAUAACUGGCUGUGGGUUACAAAGCACCCGAAUUAAUUCAGGGAACCAUCGAAAUGCUAACUUCUCCAGUGGUUGUUACAACAGAUAUAACGGAUGCGACUCCCGCUUGCUUUGCCUCGCACGUUGAUUACCGAUUGCAGGAGGACUCAAUAGCUUUACAGGAGGUUGGUGAGCACCCUCUUGGACACCGAGUUGUUGAUUUGAUGCUGGGUGGUGGACGCUGUCACUUCUUACCCAAUACAUCAGAAUCGAGUUGCAGAGCUGAUAGUCGUGAUGUCACAAAAUUGGCGCAAGACAAAUAUGGAUGGACUUAUAUCGAUACCAGAGAUGACUUCGACAAGUUGAAGCUCGGAAAGAAUGUUCAACUGCCGUUGUUAGGCCUCUUUUCCGACACAGACGUUCCUUUUGAGCUUGAUAGACGGAACAUGAAUGAUAUCUACCCUUCUCUUGAUGAAAUGGCAAGAACAGCUUUGACCGCACUCGAAGCCGCAACAAAAGACAGCGAUAAAGGAUUCUUCCUUAUGAUCGAGGGGAGUCGAAUUGAUCAUGCUGGCCAUGGCAAUGACCCAGUAAGUUUCAAUCGAUCAUUUCAGGUGUUGUCGAAAAACCUGUCAGAACGAGGACCAUGACUGACUGUUGUUCACAGGCUGCGCAAGUUCAUGAAGUACUCGCAUACGAUCGAGCUUUUCGAAGUGUCAUUGAUUUCCUGGACAAGAGUGAUACUGAAGGUGCCCUCGUUUCUACUAGUGACCACGAAACUGGGGGUUUAUCUGUUGCCAGACGUAAGAUAUAACAACAGCUUUUCAUGACAUGACCCAUUGCUAAUUUCACACUCAGAACUCAAUCCUUCAUACCCACAAUAUUUAUGGUACCCCGAGGUACUAGCGAAUGCUUCCCAUUCUUCAGAAUAUCUUUCUCGAGCUUUACGGGCUCAUAUUGCUUCCGGGGCGUCCGCCCGGGGAGAAGCUGCGUACAGACGAUUUGUGAAAGAGGAACUCGUUGAGGGGGGUCUUGGAGUAAUGGACGCAAGUGAUGAAGAGAUCGACCUCAUAAUUAGCAAUCCGGCUCUUUCUGCUUAUGCAUUUGCUGAUAUCAUCAGCCGCAGAGCACAAAUUGGCUGGUCAACUCAUGGUCACUCUGCCGUUGAUGUUAAUAUCUAUGGUUACGGAGCUGAUGUCCUCCGUGGAAACCACGAGAACAUCGAGGUUGGCAAAUUUCUGAGGGAUUAUCUCAGUGUCGACGUUGAUGCAAUCACGACAGAGCUAAACAGCAAGAAGGCUAGUGGUCAAAGUCUCUCAGUCGCCUCAGAGCCUGAUGUUCCCGAUUUCGGACAUUAUGAAGAAAGACUUAAGAAAAACCUGCCACAGUAGAUUUCAAGUGCUAUCUUCUCGUUUCGUUAUACCCAGACUUGUUGGAAGUUGAAACAUUUUAAUUGUACUUAAUUCUUUCUGAAAAUCGUUGAGCAUGAUCAUAGCUUCCCGUGACCCAUCCUUAGCAAACUAUUU